ACUUGAAGAAACUAUCCCACCCCUCCAUCAAGACGCACAAGUCUCUGAACCGAAGGAUAUCUCGGCCUCCCCUACAGAAGCUGAUUAUUCGGAUUUAUGUAAUGAUUUAUCCCACACCAUGAUCCCAUACUGAUACGAAAUUUAGACAGAUUUAGUCAACAAGUCGACAGAUUUGUUCAGGGACAUCUGCGUUGGCGUCAAACAUGCGCAAAAAUUUACGCUAUCAAAGCAGAGAAUCGCCGUAAACGGAAUGAUCGCUUCUCACGUGAAGUCACCCUGAUUGUUUGUUUUUAAAGGAAGCGACACGCAUAUCGGCUCCGAAAAUAUCCGCAACCAAGAGACUGAAGUGGGAACGAACGCUGACAUCCGCAGUAUAUCUGGAAAUACGGUGUCCUGAGCCAUGGGGGCCUUCUUGGACAAACCGAAGACAGAGAAACAUAAUGCUCACGGAGUGGGCAACGGUCUGCGCUUCGGCCUGAGCAGCAUGCAGGGCUGGCGGGUAGAGAUGGAGGAUGCGCACACGGCCGUUGUGGGUCUACCGCAUGGCCUGGAUGACUGGUCCUUCUUCGCAGUGUAUGACGGUCACGCUGGCUCCCGCGUAGCCAACUAUUGCUCCAAACACCUGCUGGAGCACAUCAUAACCAGCAGCGAGAACUUCCGUUCGGGGCCCGACUCCGUGGAGGGCGUUAAAACCGGCAUUCGUUCUGGCUUCCUGAAGAUCGACGAGUACAUGCGCAACUUCUCGGACCUACGUAACGGCAUGGACCGUAGCGGUUCCACGGCAGUCGGUGUGCUGGUGUCCCCUGAACACCUCUAUUUCAUCAACUGUGGAGACUCCCGUGCUGUUCUCAGCCGUGCCGCACAGGUACGGUUCUCCACACAAGACCACAAGCCGUGCAACCCACGUGAAAAAGAGCGCAUUCAAAACGCAGGAGGUUCUGUGAUGAUCCAAAGGGUGAAUGGUUCUCUUGCUGUGUCACGUGCCCUGGGGGACUAUGACUACAAGUGUGUGGAUGGGAAGGGCCCCACUGAGCAGCUGGUAUCUCCGGAACCGGAGGUGUUUGAAAUCCCACGCAUUUCAGACGAGGAUGAGUUUGUGGUGCUCGCUUGCGAUGGCAUCUGGGAUGUGAUGAGCAAUGAGGAGCUGUGUGAUUUUGUGCGCUCUCGGCUAGAGGUGUGGGAUGACUUGGAGAAGGUCUGCAACUCUGUGGUGGACACCUGUUUACAUAAGGGAAGCCGUGACAACAUGAGUGUUGUUCUAGUAUGUUUCCCCAAUGCGCCGAAGGUAUCAGAGGAGGCUGUUAAGAGAGAGGCCGAGUUGGAUAAGUUCCUGGAGGCUCAUGUGGAAGAAAUCAUGGAGAAGUCAGGGGAGGAAGGCAUCCCAGAUCUAAGCCAUGUCAUACACAUCCUUCGCCCUGAGAGCAUCCCCAACCUGCCUCCAGGAGGUGGUCUCGCUAGCAAACGUAGUGUAAUUGAGGCCGUUUACAACAGGCUAAACCCACACCGAGAAGAAGAUGGGGUGUGUCCUUGAGGAAGAAGCACAAAAUGGAAAUGCACUGGCUUUAUAAGCAUGGACCGUAUGAGAUUACAGAAGCUUACACAAUCAUUUGUUCUUGCAAAAAUCUCCUUUCGUCUGUUGUGCUGAUCCAGUCAGUCAAUGAUUGUCAAAGUCAUUCAUUGAAAGGGGACAAUACAGACUGAUUUACCUUUAGAAGGACUUAAUGCAAUCUAUAAAUUAGGCAACGCUGCUACAUGGACAUUCAUGAAUGUCUGUACACUGCAGUAUUUGGACAGGGCUUCUUAUCACACUUUUCUUAUUCUUAUGACCCGAGUUUUUGGAAAGCAAGCUGAAUUCUGUCCAUGUGGAUUAUGUCAUAUCGCAAAAUAUCUGAUGUUCCAAACUGCUUUUGUUUUGUGAUUUCUUUGGCUGAUUUUAUCAAGCCAUUUGAAGCGGAUUACUUUGUUUAUUUGGAAGUUAAUGCAUAACACAAACUGUAUAAUCCUCUUAACAGUUAGCGUAAGUGCAUGCAUAAUGCUGCCAUUGUUAUAUUAAACUAAUGUUACUAAAAUACAGGCUCAGCAGAAUCAGAGAGCUUAAUUGUCUAUAGAGCAGUAUUUGCUGCUUUGGGUUCAGAUUUUUAUUAUUUUAUUUUUUUCUGGGCAAAGGUUUGUAUACAUUUUGUUUCACGCUGAAAUUCAAAAUAAAUCAAAUUCAACUAUUAAUAUCUGUCUUUGCUCCAAUUCAUUAUUAAAUUUGAGAUGACACACCACAUAGAAUGCUGAUGGUUUCAUGAGUGCUUUUUAUAGCUCUUGUAAGAACUUGUUCACUCCUAACUAUUUUUCACAAUCAGACAUGGCUUAUGUUCUUACUCAUGAGCUUGUUAGUGGAAGUUUGAGGCUUGAGGUAAGUAAGCUUCAAAUGUGCCUUAAUCGUUUAAAAGCCGGUUUUAGACUGGGGGAAAUUAGUUUUCUUCUCAUAUAAAAUGCAACUAAUAUCAGAAAAAGAAUGUUGGCCAGUCCUUGCAGGUUUUUUCCCACCCAUUUGUUUUUUUAUUUUUGUGUAUUAUGUUUAUUGACCUUUUUUUGGUACACA